AUAUUUAUAAAAAUGAUAGCAAUUUUUACUAUAAUUUUGAUUUGUCUGUUGUCUAUGAUAUAUCUUCGAAAGCACAAAAAGAAGAACCUUCCACCUGGGCCCACCGGAUUACCGAUCAUCGGAUAUAUGCCGUUUUUAAAUAAGAAUCCGGCUUUGACCUACACUGAGCUGGCAAAGGAUUACGGUCCUGUAUUCUCUGUACAAAUCGGAACAGAACAUUGCGUGGUUCUGAACAGUCGAGAUGCCAUUCAUGAGGCCUUAAUUAAGAAUGGGAGACUUACUGCGAAUAGACCAAGAAUCAAGUUAUUGGAGGAAAUCAACUAUGGGCUGUCAAUAACCUUCAACGGUGGACCAGUCUGGAAACGUCAACGAAUGUUUGCUUUGAAGACUAUCAAAGGAUUUAGCAAGCAGAUGAUUGAGGACAAAAUCCUCGAAGAAAUUUCCUAUUUAUGUGAAGAUUUGAGCAAAACAGGUGAUGAAGAAAUUGAUUGUCAGAAUUUACUCGCUAACAUGACAGCAAAUGUUAUGAUCAAUAUUUUCAUGGGAUUCCGGUUUCCACAUAAUGAUAAAGAACUCGGUCGCAUCACUUCAGUUGUAACUAUUUUUUCAGAUGUUGGAAUCUUGUUUCUUGCUCCAUUCCUCAGACAUUUUUCAAUUUUCAAAAAAGCUUAUUCGAGCAUGUUAUCCGGGUUCUUCUUUUUGCAAGGAAAGAUAAAAUCAAUAAUAGAGAAACGUCAAAAUUCGUCAGACAAGAAGGAAGAAUAUUCAGAUUUCCUUAACAAAUAUCUUGACGAAAUGAACAAUGGACAAGAUGAGUCAUUCACGAUGCGCCAGUUAAUCAUCAUAAUUCAGGACAUUCUUGGAGCAGGUACGGAUACAGCAUCGACUAGCAUUCUUUGGUGCUUAUUUGCCUUGGCUGUAUUUCCUGAAUGUCAGGACAAAAUAUCGGAGGAAUUAAAUAAUGCAAUAGGCCAAGACAGCAAGGUUACAAUGGAACACGAAGAAAAACUUCCGUACACUCGAGCUUUCAUACAAGAAGUUUGGCGACACAGGACUCCGGCACCACUUGCGGUUUCGCACGAAACGACGGAAGACAUGAUUGUUCAGGGUUACAAUAUCCCAGCAAAAACUACGAUUGUUCCAAACCUCUGGGCUGUUCAUCGAAAUCCGAAAGUAUUCAAGAAUCCAGAUGAAUUUUUUCCAGAAAGAUUUAUUGAUGAAGACGAGAAAUUCAUUCCAACUGAUCACGUGAUGCCUUUUUGCAUUGGAAGUCGCCAUUGUAUUGGAGAACAGAUAGCAAGAAUGCACGUUUUCUUGGUUUUCGCAAACAUUGUCAGACAGUUUAAAAUACGGAAACCUAGGAACAAACCACUACCUUCGUUUGAUAAAGGCGUAUUUGCAGUUUCAUACAGUCCUCACGAAUUUAAUAUAGAGUUUCAUGAAAAAUAAGGAUGGAAUAUCAUUUCUACCUCCAAUAAAAAUAUAUAGCUCACAGAUUGACAAUAUUAAAUAGACAAUAUCCUACAAGAAUGCUGGAUUCAGGUGCGCGUGUCGAUGUAUACUUAAUUUGUGUAGUCCGAGAUCAUUUCAACUUCUUUACUGUAGUGUAGACAUUAUAAUAGUAAUUUUAAUUCAUUUGACAAUUUUGUGAAUACUCGGAUCCUAUUCAUCAUAAUUUUAUUUUUAGUCUCGCCUUUUCUUCAUUUUAAUAACCACGCAAUUAAUAUAAUAGAUAAAUAAUUAACAUGUUUUCAUAAGUAACUUUUGAAACCAUGGUCACGUGUCUUUGAUACAUAUGGGAAUUAUUAGAGUAAAAAAUAUAUAUAUGAAAUGGA